AUGGAAAUGGACGUGGACAUGGACGUGGACGUGGACGUGAACGUGGACGUGGACGUGGACGUGGACAUGGACGUGGACGUGGACGUGGGCGUGGACAUGGACGUGGACGUGGACAUGGACGUGGUCGUGGACGUGGACAUGGACGUGGACGUGGUCGUGGACGUGGACGUGGACGUGGACGUGGACGUGGACCUGGACGUGGACCUGGACGUGGACCUGGACGUGGACGUGGACGAGGACGUGGACAUGGACGUGGACGUGGACGUGGACGUAGAAAUGGACGUGGACGUAGAAAUGGACGUGGACCUGGACGUGCACGUGGACGUGGACGUGGACGUGGAUGUGGACGUGAACGUGGACGUGGUCGUGGUCGUGGACGUGGUCGUGAUCGUGGACGUGGACGUGGACGUGGACGUGGUCAUGGACGUGGACAUGGACGUGGUCGUGGUCGUGGACAUGGACGUGGACGUGGUCGUGGACGUGGACGUGGACGACGUGGACGUGGAGGACGUGGACGAGGACGUGGAGGACGUGGACGAGGACGAUGAGGACGUGGACGUGGACGUGGACGUGGACGUGGACGUGGACGUGGAUGUGGACGUGGACGUGGACGUGGACCUGGACGUGGACCUGGACGUGGACCUGGACGUGGACGUGGACGUGGACAUGGACGUGGACGUGGACAUGGACGUGGACGUGGGACGUGAACGUGGACGUGGACAUGGACGUGGACGUGGACGUGGACGUGGACGUGGACGUGGACGUGGACGUGGACGUGGACGUGGACGUGGACGUGGACGUGGACAUGGACGUGGACGUGGACGUGGACAUGGACGUGGACGUGGACGUGGACGUGGACGUGGACGUGGACAUGGACGUGGACGUGGACGUGGACGUGGACGUGGACGUGGACGUGGACGUGGAGGUGGACGUGGACAUGGACAAGGACGUAGAAAUGGACGUGGAGUGGACGUGGACAUGGACGUAGACGUGGACGUGGACAUGGACGUGGACGACGUGGACGUGGACGUGGACCUGGACGUGGACGUGGACAUGGACGUGGACGUGGACGUGGACGUGGACGUGGAUGUGGACGUGGACGUGGACGUGGACGUGGACAUGGACGUGGACGUGGACGUGGACACGUGGACGUGGACGUGGACUGGACGUGGACGUGGACGUGGACAUGGACGUGGAUGUGGACGUGGACAUGGACGUGGACAUGGACAUGGACGUGGACGUGGACGUGGACGUGGACGUGGACUUGGACGUGGACGUGGACGUGGACGUGGACGUGGACGUGGACGUGGACGUGGACAUGGACGUGAUGUGGACGUGGACGUGGACAUGGACGUGGACAUGGACGUGGACGUGGACAUGGACGUGGACGUGGACAUGGACGUGGACGUGGACGUGGACGUGGACAUGGACGUGGACGUGGACGUGGACGUAGACGUGGACGUGGACGUGGACAUGGACGUGGACGUGGACGUGGACGUGGACAUGGACGUGGACGUGGACGUGGACGUGGACAUGGACGUGGACGUGGACGUGGACGUAGAAAUGGAAGUGGACGUGGACAUGGACGUGGACGUGGACGUGGACGUGGACGUGGAUAUGGACGUGGACGUGGACGUGGACGUGGACAUGGACGUGGACGUGGACAUGGACGUGGACGUAGAAAUGGACGUGGACGUGGACGUGGACGUGGACCUGGACGUGGACGUGGACGUGGACAUGGACGUGGACAUGGACGUGGACAUGGACGUAGACGUGGACAUGGACGUGGACGUGGACGUGGACGUGGAAAUGGACGUGGACGUAGACGUAGAAAUGGACGUAGACGUGGACGUGGACAUGGACGUGGACGUGGACAUGGACGUGGAUGUAGACGUGGACGUGGACAGGGACGUGGACAUGGACGUGGACGUGGACGUGGACAUGGACGUGGACAUGGACGUGGACGUGGACGUGGACGUGGACGUGGACGUGGACGUGGACGUGGACAUGGACGUGGACAUGGACGUGGACGUGGACGUGGACAUGGACGUGGACGUGGACAUGGACGUGGACGUGGACGUGGACUGGAAAUGGACGUGGACGUGGACGUAG